AUGGCGAUACUCCCCGAUAUCCCUGGCCUCAUCGCCUCCGUGAUAGUGGCGGGGCAGCCGGCGACCGAAUAUGAGCCACCCGACGACGGCGAAAUACCCACCGACCCAGACCAAAGCCUCGCCCGACUCCCGACAUGUCAUCGCUACAUCGAAUCCAAGACGCGCGCAACUUUCAAGAUCAGGGUCGACGUCACCUCUGCCUUUGCCUUCCCCAGAAGCAGCGACAUCCUGGUCAAUCGUGUCUUCAUUGACGGAUCUAAGGAAGCUGGCGUGAGAGUCCGCAAAGACAAUGUGCCUACAACAUGCCAUGUCUCGCAAACGACCAGGUUCGACGCGGCACUCAACCAAGAAGUCUACAAAAAGUUCAUCUUUGCUCCAGUCACGACAACCGAGGACAUGGAUAGCGACAAGGUUGCGAGAGAUGCCAAACGCGUGCAAGAACUGGGCACCAUCAAGGUCGUCGUCACAGCUGCCAGAUUUGAGGGUCAUCGGGAGUCGAAACCAAGCUCUCGGCGAGCAUCUGGUGACUUUCGGAAUCCGGGAUCGAGCUCCCGGCAGGCCGUCGAUCACACUCACUCACUUGAAGUUGCAGAGAAGGCUAUGAAGGGCAAAGAGUUGAGUCAUGGUGCGAGCUUUGUUACUGUGCCUGGACGUGCCUGGGAGCCCAAACCCAGGAGGGCCAUCAUCAAGAACCGUUCGGAUAUUGCCGUCUUCUAUUUCCAUUACCGGUCUCGCGAUGCUCUUGAUCACGAAAUGGUAGUACCGCGAUCACCACCAAUGGCUGCACCUGUCAAGAUGAUCCAAGACCUCACUAAUUCCGACGAAGAGGGUGUCAAGGCAGGCAUCGGCCCUACUAAGCUUGCCAUCUUGAUCAAGCCGGAUGCUCCAGCUCGAGUCAAACGCGAGCGUGAGAACGAGCCAGUACCCAAGAUACCGCUGAAGAUGGUGAAGCUCUCCAACGGGAGAGAAGCGAUCGACCUGACAGACGAUUAG